AUGAGACCAUUGGUAUUUGAAUUGCUCGUAGCGCUGCUAAUUACAGGGCUAUCUAUAUUUAGUACAAUCAAAUACAGAUACCGCCCAACACCAGCGAAUCAACGUGCCAAAUGUUCAGGCUACAAACUGACAUCUAUAUCCUUGACUGAUCAUGGUUUAAAUGGGUCGCUCACACUUGCCGGUGAACCAUGCAAUGUUUAUGGUAACGAUAUUUUUAAUCUUGCGUUGGAAGUGACGUACGAAACGGACGACAUACUGAACGUCAGAAUAUACGACACCGAGGAGCGUCAAUUUCAAGUACCAGAUUACGUGCUACCGCGAAAGCACUUCCAUAAAGCAAGGAAUCCUACAUAUGAGUUCAGUUAUACGGAAAACACAUUCGGUUUUGUAGUAAAGAGGAAAAGUAAUGGGGAGGUUCUGUUCAAUAGCACAGGUGUGCAAUUGGUAUUUGAAGAUCAGUAUGUGAGCUUUGGUAGUAAAGUUCACGACAUUAUGCACGUUUAUGGACUGGGUGAGAAUGUGGACAAUUUCCUCAGACCGCGUGAUAGCCUCUCUACUUUAUGGACACGUGACACACCAUCUCCACCACGUCAAAACAUUUAUGGCUUUCAUCCGUUCUAUCUCGAUUUGCGCGACUCGGGUCGCUCUCAUGGUGUUUUCCUACGCAAUAGCCACGGAAUGGACGUAGUUCUCAAGCCAGUGGCAAACGCAUCCAAGAUCGAAUAUCGCAUUCUGGGUGGUGUUAUUGAUCUGUACUUUAUUCUUGGUGGUGAAGAUGGAAAUCCGAAAAGUGUUAUAGAACAGUACACUGAUAUAAUUGGUAAGCCACACAUGCCUAAUUAUUGGGCGUUAGGAUGGCAUCAGUGUCGGUGGGGAUACGGAACGAUUGAAAUGGUUGAGGAAGUCGUCGAGAACUACAAAAAAGCAGAAAUACCACUCGAGGUUAUGUGGACUGACAUCGACUAUAUGGAUCAAUAUAGAGACUUUACGUUACAUCCUACCAACUUUCCUUUAUACAAAGUACAAUCAUUCCUUACCAAGCUUCAUUCUCAGAAUCAAAAGCACGUUUUUAUUGUCGAUCCGGCCAUCUAUCAUGGUGAUGAUUACGCACCGUAUAAAGAAGGUGUCGAUUUGGACGUGUUUAUCAAAAACCGUGAUGGAUCUAUAUACUACGGUCGAGUAUGGCCUGGAUUUACGGCAUUUCCUGAUUGGUUUGCUCCGAAUACUCAGUUAUGGUGGACUAGGCAAUUUCAGAGAUUCUUGGAGGAUGUCCCGGUAGAUGGAAUAUGGAUCGAUAUGAACGAGCCAGCAUCGUUCUGUUUUGGUUCAUGUGGAUCCGGUCAUCCGCCUGGCGAGCAUCCUCAGGGUUCGGUAGACGAUCUCGUGAUUAACCCUAACGAUCCCGUGUUUGAACCCGGUGUACCCGACUAUAAUUUACUAAAUCCACCGUAUAAAAUUCAUAAUGGAUAUGAAUUUUUGUCUACUCAGACUGUGGCUACUAACGCAACACAUUGGAACAACCUCACCGAAUACCAGACGCAUAAUCUAUACGGACAUAUGGAAGGGAUCGCAACAUACAAGACACUAACUACUAUCAAUCCAAAAACAAGGCCGUUUAUCUUGAGUAGAUCGACGUUCCCCGGAUCGGGAACAUAUGUAGGACAUUGGUCCGGAGACAACUGGGCAUCAUGGCCGUACUUGUAUUAUUCUAUUACAGGCAUACUGAACUUCCAGAUGUAUGGUAUUCCAUACGUUGGGGCCGAUGUGUGUGGAUUUAAUAACCAUACAGACGAAGAGUUGUGUAAUAGAUGGCAUUCGCUUGGUGCAUUCUAUCCUUUUGCCAGGAAUCACAACGCGCAUAAUACAAUAGCACAGGAACCAUACAUAUGGAAAUCAAUCACCGAAGCCGCAAAAAAAGCAUUGCAUGUGAGAUAUACGCUUCUUCCAUACUAUUACACUCUAUUCGCUGCUGCCUAUGAGAAGGGUACGCCUGUGUGGCGAGCAUUAAUGUUUGAAUUCACAGAUGAUCAUACAACAUGGGAUAUUGAUAAACAGUUUAUGAUCGGUCCGGCCGUAUUAGUGACUCCAGUUCUCGACUCUGGACGGGUGGACGUGAAAGGAUAUUUCCCAAAAGGAAUCUGGUAUGAUUGGUAUACUCAUGAGCGUGUUUAUGGGGCAAAUCGGAUGAUACUCGACGCUCCACUAGGUCAUAUUCCUGUUCAUAUUCGUGGUGGGAGCGUGAUAUUGACUCAGCGUCCUGCCUACACUACUACCGAAUCAAGACAGCAACCGUUUGAAUUGAUUGUUGCCUUGGAUGAGACUGGGCAUGCAAGCGGGGAAGCGUAUCUUGAUGAUGGUGUAUCGUUAGAACCGGUCGAGUCAUUACGGAUACGUUUUAGUGUUUGCGGUAAUAGGCAAGUAGUAAUGAGAUCGGUCGGAUCAUAUAAGCCUAAUGCCAAGUUAGAGAAAUUAAUUAUUAUGGGGGUUGGAUUGGAUUUAGUUGUUGAUUGUGGUUAUAUUGAUAUGAAUAAGAAUGCAGUUAUUACAUUUUAA